CAAAAAAAGAGGGAUAGCGUGUAAAGAUGGCGGGCGUCAGAACCGCAUCACUGGCGUGUGCGCUAAACACUGUGAGAGAGCAAGGCGCUGACAUGGAGCCAUUUUCUCCGUGACUGCCAUGAAACUUAUUAGUCGGAACCAGAGACGCCAAUCCGUCCGCCACUACCGCCGCCAUCGUCGCCCCUCCAAGCUCCCCUCGCCCCGCGUCUCGAUUUAACCUUCGGAAGCCACAGGCCACUUGCUGGGUGAAGCCGCUGCGUCGCACGCCUCCCAACUAGCCGCGGCCUCGACAAGCUAAUAACAGACAUCCGUGCCGUGGCUUCCGCACAUCCACUUUGCAUCUCUUCAUCCAAAGGGUUGCAGUCGAGUGCUGCGAACGAUUCGGUCCGCACGAGAUACGACGACUCCGACUCGACCGGGAGCUGCAUUGCCAACGUGCAGAGCGACUACUGCUGGUGGACGCGCAUAGGCGGGCAUCGCCAUCCAGAUCUAUCCCUGCCCGCAUCGCAUCGCAUCGCAUCGCACAAACAUCUCGCGGCCCGCGCAAACAUCGACGCAACCGAAACGGUAACAUAACGCUGCUGCGCCGCCGCAAUGGACGGGCCAGACGCCGACCCCCCCAAGGCGCGCGGCCAUGAGAAGCAUGCUACCUUUGUCCUCGACGCCGCCGACGGACCCUCAGACGACUGUGGCGGCGAGGAGGAUUCCAACGCCCUCGAGGUCACCUUCGACCCGGGCAACCCUUACCGCCGCAAGAGCUCCCUCGUGUCCUCCGAGGCCGCCGUGCCCGUCGCCGUGCGUACCAACAACCGCCGCGACCAGUGCAUCGUGCAUCAAUUCCUCGCCUCCCAGCGCCGCUCCAAGAACAAGGAUGGGGAUGCUGACGACCGGCACUUUCUCGCCCACCCCAAAGUCGCCAACGCCACGGACUAUGCUAGCGAGAAUGGCAGCGCUAGGCUCGCGCGGGACAAGGACCUCGACGCCCUCGUCGAGCCCAAGCACGAGCGCCGGCAUUCCCGCGCCAUGGUCGACCCUACGAGCCUCGAAAAGGACGUCACCGGCCAGCCCGACCAGCAGGCCUGGACCCGCGAGAUGACCAAGACCAUGUCCGAGCUCGACCUCACACAGACCCGCGACGAGGUGCACAGCCGGAUGCUCACCAAGAAGCAGCUCAGCGACAUGGCUUGGGGCGUCCGCGAGCUGAGCAGGCGGCUGAGCACCAUGCGCAUCCGCAUCAACGUCAAGACCAUCUUCCUCAUCACCAAGAUUUACGACCAGGACCUCGUCCCCAAGACCCGCGAGCUGACCCGCUGGCUCCUCGAUGCCGACAGAGACGUCGAGUACGUCGUCUACGUCGAGGACAAGCUCCGCACCAAUAAGAAGUUUGACGUUGCCGGCCUCCUCGACGAGGUUGCCCACCAGCACGCGGAGCGGCGGGGCGGCGGCGGCGGCGGCGAUGAUGUCGCUGCUGCGCGCGCAUCGCUAUCGCAUCGCCUGCGCUACUGGGACGAGAAAAUAUGCAAGACGAGGCCGCACACCUUUGACUUUGUCAUCACGCUCGGCGGCGACGGCACCGUGCUAUACGCGAGCUGGCUGUUUCAGCGCAUCGUGCCGCCCGUCUUGAGCUUUUCGCUUGGUAGCCUUGGCUUCCUUACCAAAUUUGACUUUGCCGAGUACAAGCCCAUCCUGACAUCGGCCUUUACCAAGGGCGUGACGGUGAGCCUGCGGCUACGCUUCGAGGGUACCGUGAUGAGGAGCGUCAGGAGAAGGAAACUGUCGCCCGAGAACUCUGACGAGGACGAAGAAGAGCGCCACAGCCGCAGGGACCUCGUGGAGGAGCUCAUCGGUGAAGAGAGGGAAGACGCGCACACGCACCGGCCAGACGGGACGUUUGAGAUUCUGAAUGAGAUUGUGGUGGAUCGGGGACCCAAUCCAACCAUGUCGUAUACUGAAAUCUUCGGUGACGACGAGCACUUCACGUCGGUGCUCGCCGACGGCAUAUGCGUUUCGACGCCGACGGGCUCGACGGCCUACAACCUGGCGGCGGGCGGAUCGCUAUGCCACCCGGAGAACCCGGUGAUGCUGGUGACGUCCAUCUGCCCGCACACGCUGUCGUUUCGGCCCAUUGUGCUCCCGGACACGAUCGUGCUGCGUGUGGGGGUGCCGUACGAUGCGCGGACGGCGUCCUGGGCCAGCUUCGACGGGCGCGAGCGCGUCGAGCUGCAGCGCGGUGACUAUGUCACAAUCAGCGCCAGCCGUUAUCCUUUUGCGUCGGUACAGGCCGAGGGCCGGCGGAGCGAGGACUGGGUCAACAGCAUCAGUGGCAAGCUGGGCUGGAACACGAGACAGAAGCAAAAGGGGUUCAAGGAGUGGGACAAGUAGACGCGCAGGCGGUAAACGGUAGGGGCGUGUCGCAUUGUUCGAGGCGUUGGUGUCGGCGGGUGCUGCUGUGACUUAUGGCGUCUUUGAUACUUACGGAUGGUGGCUAGUUAUCUAGAUCUUUACUUCAUCUAGAACCGGCCAUGUCAACACGCAGAGGAGGAAAGGCUCAUGUGCGCGCCACAAGUCCCGUCUUGCGCAUAGUAGCAGAAGCAACGACCGAGCAACCAUGCUCCUGAAUCGUUCAUGUCCGUUACUCUCUCACCGCGCUGACGAGGCGAACAGUAGCACGCUUGGCACCAAGCCACAAGUGGUUCAAGCGCGGCCUCCGUGUGGCCUGGCGAUGGCGCAAUUGGGCCCUGGAAUGGCUUGCCUCCCCGACGAGCCGAAGCGAUGGUCCAGGAAGUUGGUGAACGGUGCUACGGGCGCGCAUCGAGCUGGGAGUAUUAAAACCGCGACUUUUGCCGCAGACUGUCCCCCAAGCCAAGCAACCAUCCAUUCAUACAUCCAUCCGUCC